UCUGGCGGAAUCGACCAGCAAAGGAAGAGAGUUGGUCUUGCUGUAUGUGCUUUCCGACCCUGAUGGUAGGGGCCCGCCCAUUUCAUAUUGCUGGGUGGACCGGAACAGUGCCAGCCCGGAAGAUUUGGCUGCGGCAGAUGCGGCCGUGGUACGAGGUCAAAGGGCUGCAAGUGACGAUGUGUUUUUGGAGAGCAGAAAAAGGAGAGGCAGCUCAUCAGUCACUUCGUCUCCUCUGGCUUUUCAGUCACAUCGAGCAGCGGAUGCGGUUGUCACAACAGUGGAACCUUCUCGAUUUGAUGACGUUUUGUCGUCCCUUCUGCAUGGAAAUAUGGUAGUUCCAAACGAAGGGGUUUCCAGUCCCAGUCCUUCUCAUCGCCGUGCCUCGCGAACUUCAGCAGUGAUCUCGGAUGUUUCUGCUGCAACACGUGACCGUGCGGCAGCCGCGGCGUCAGUCUUCAGUGUGCUGAUGAGAGGAGGCCACUGAGCCAUAUUUUUUGCCGUCGGCAGGUAGUCUGAUGCAAUCAUUGCUGGUCAUGUAUG